UGGCUUUUCUGGGUCAAAAGCUCGACCCCUCUCUCUCUCUCUCUCUCUCUCUCUCUCUCUCGCUCGCUCUACACGUGAGGUGUUCUGCCGCUAUCAAGCUAACCUAGCAAGAUGGAUUUGGCUUCUCGCUACAAGGGGGUCGUUGGGCUUGUUUUUGGCAAUGACAAUUCUGCUUCAAAUGAAGAUAGCUAUGUUGAACGGUUGCUGGACCGAAUAAGCAAUGGUGUUCUGGCAGAGGACAGGAGGACUGCCAUGGCUGAGCUUCAAUCUAUUGUGGCAGAAAGUAAUGCUGCACAGCUGGCAUUUGGAGCAAUGGGAUUUCCAGUAGUUAUGGGUGUCUUAAAGGAGGAAAGAGAUGACAUUGAAAUGAUUCGAGGUGCCCUAGAAACUCUAGUGAGUGCUCUUACACCUAUCGAUCAUGCAAAAGGGACAAAGAAUGAGGUCCAACCAGCUUUAAUGAAUACUGAUUUGCUUUCUCGAGAGGCAGAAAAUAUUUCCCUGCUUCUAAGCUUAUUGAAAGAAGAGGAUUUCUAUGUACGGUAUUAUACUCUUCAAAUUUUGACUGCCCUUCUCACAAAUUCUCCAAAUAGGUUGCAGGAAGCCAUUCUAACCAUUCCUCGUGGUAUAACUCGGCUGAUGGAUAUGCUUAUGGAUCGAGAGGUUAUAAGAAAUGAGGCCUUAUUGCUUCUUACCUACCUCACUAGAGAAGCUGAGGAGAUCCAAAAAAUUGUGGUCUUUGAGGGUGCAUUUGAGAAGAUUUUUAGCAUUAUCAAAGAGGAAGGAGGUUCAGAAGGCGGUGUUGUUGUGCAGGACUGUCUUGAAUUGUUGAACAAUCUCCUCCGUAAAAAUAAUUCUAAUCAGAUAUUACUAAGGGAGACAAUGGGCUUUGAUCCCUUAAUAUCAAUUUUGAAGCUACGAGGAAAUGCAUACAGUUUUACCCAACAGAAGACAAUCAAUCUACUCAGUGCAUUAGAAACAGUUAAUUUGUUAAUGAUGGGGGGUUCAGAGGCUGAGCCUGGAAAAGACACAAACAAGCUGACCAAUAAAACAGUCCUGGUUCAGAAAAAGGUUUUGGAUUAUCUUCUAAUGCUGGGUGUUGAAAGUCAGUGGGCUCCCAUUGCUGUACGUUGUAAGGCACUGCGAUGUAUUGGUAAUUUGAUUGCUGGACAUCCCAAGAAUCUCGAUGCUCUUGCAACCAAAGUUCUUGGUGAGGAGCCACAAGUAGAACCUGCUUUGAAUUCCAUUCUUCGAAUCAUUUUGCGGACAUCCAGUAUGCAAGAGUUCACGGCAGCUGACCAUGUUUUUAAGAGUUUUUGUGAGACAAAUUCUGAUAGUCAAACUAUGUUAGCGUCUACAUUAAUCCCUCAACCACAUUCAAUGACUAAUGCUCCCAUAGAGGAGGAUGUUAACAUGUCUUUUGGAAGCAUGCUGUUACAUGGUCUGACUUUGAGUGAAAGUGAUGGAGAUCUUGAGACCUGUUGCAGGGCUGCUAGUGUACUUUCUCAUGUGCUUAAGGACAAUAUCCAGUGCAAGGAAAGGGUUCUAAGAAUUGAGCUUGAGUCACCAAUGUCAUCCUUAGGAGCUGCAGAGCCACUAAUGCACCGUAUGGUGAAGUAUUUGGCUCUUGCGUCCAACAUGAAAAACAAAGAUGGAAAAUCAAGUUCAACUGGGAACUCAUAUGUUCAACUAAUUAUUUUGAAAUUGCUGGUCACUUGGAUGGCUGACUGCUCCACUGCAGUUCAGUGCUUCCUGGAUUCACGUCCCCAUCUAACAUAUCUCCUUGAAUUGGUGUCAAAUCCAUCUGCAACUGUGUGCAUAAGGGGCUUGGCAGCAGUUCUUUUGGGAGAGUGUGUUAUUUACAACAAGUCUAGUGAAAGCGGAAAGGACGCUUUGACUGUAGUUGAUGCCAUUAGUCAGAAAGUUGGGCUCGCAUCAUACUUUCUUAAGUUUGAUGAAAUGAUGAAAAGCUUCAUUUUCUCCCCUGCAAAGCCAACAGAGCCUCAUAAACCAUUGACAAGAUCUGCUGCAGCUAGCAUGGAAGAGAUUGAAGAUGUUGAAGAGCAGGAUUCCUCUGAUCAAAAGAAUGAGGAUCAUCCUAUUGUUUCAUCAAUAUUAGAUAGCUCUUUUGUUAACUUUUUCAAGAGGGUGGAGACAGAUAUCAGAGAAACUAUUGCAGAGAUAUACAGUCGUCCAAAAAAUGAGGUGGCAGUUGUGCCUGCUGAAUUGGAUCAGAAGGGUGGAGAAAGUGAUAAAGACUAUAUCAAGCGGCUGAAAUCAUUUGUGGAGAAGCAAUGCUCUGAGAUACAGAAUCUUCUUGGUCGGAAUGCAACUUUGGCAGAGGAACUGGCCAAGAUAGGUGGGAAUGGCUCUUCCCAAACUGAACAAAGGGCAAGUGGGGGCUCAGAAAGAGUCCAAGCAGAGACACUUAGAAGAGAUCUUCAGGAAGCUUCUCAACGGAUAGAGAUGCUUAAAGCAGAUAAGGCCAAAAUUGAAUCUGAGGCAUCCAUGUACCAGAAUUUAGCUGGGAAGAUGGAGUCCGAUCUAAAGAGUCUGUCUGACGCUUACAACAGCCUUGAACAGGCCAACUUCCAUCUAGAAAAAGAGGUGAAAGCUUUGAAGGAUGGUGGAGCAUCAACAGUUCCAGAUAUUGAGGCAAUAAAGGAAGAAGCUAGGGAAGAAGCCCAGAAGGAGAGUGAAGCAGAACUGAACGAUUUGCUAGUGUGCCUAGGGCAAGAACAGAGUAGGGUGGAAAAGCUGACUGCAAGGCUGUUGGAGCUAGGGGAGGACGUAGAUAAACUGCUUGAAGGUAUCGGAGAUGACAUGGGGCUGCCUGAAGAUGGUGAAGAAGAGGAAGACUGAUUAGGCACUUAUUUAUAAUGGUUUGAAGUCAUUGCAUUUUUCUUAUGUUGACUCGGUUUGUACAUUUGUUAGUGAAUUGUACAGUUUACUUCAGUUACUUUCUUGUGAUAGCUUGAAUCUUGAAUCAAAAUGUUCUUGGAUUUAAUUUAUUAUUUCAUGUAGAAUUGCUACGUUGCUACC